GGGGAUCUGUGGGAGCCGGGGGAUGGAUGGCCUGGGGAUGUGUAGGGCCUGAGGGGAUGGAUCUCAGGAUCUGUGGGCCUAGAACAGGGUCUGUGUAUGGCGGGUCUGUGGCGCCCAGGGGCAGAAGUUCAUCCUGGGACCCCCAGAGGGGAAGGGCUGGGGGCUUCUGCUCCCCCACCCACUCCUCAUCCCUGACUGUGUCUCUGCAGCCCCUGGCAGGGCCCGGCAUGGUGCAGAUCAUCAUCUCCAGCGGUGGCACGGGGGCCCUGGCCCAGUGGGUGCUGGUGGAGCUGCAGGGUGAGGUGGAGCCCCGGCAGAGCGGGGACCUGGCUGGGAACCUGCUGGGAGACCUGCACUACACCUGCGAGGGCAUUCCCGUGCUCAUCGUGGGCCACCACAUCCUCUACGGGAAGGUGGUGCAGCUGGAGAAGCCGUUUGCUGUGCUGGUGAAGCAGAGAGGAGCCUCCCAGCCCAGCCCCACGGGGCCCCAUGGCCACUACACCGUUACUGCCCUCAUCAAAACCAAACUGCUCUUCAAAACCCGCCCCAAGCCCAUCAUCACCCACGUGCCCAAGAAGGUGUGAGGGGAAGGAUGUGGGCUAUGAACUGUGACCUGCUGCUGGAAAGAACAGCAGGGACUUGGGGAGAUCCAGGACUUCAUCCCUGUCCUGCACAGGAGACUCUGGGGCUGCUGGCUCCUGUGUCUGAGCACCUAAAGCCCUUCCUGCAUCACUUUCCCCCCUAAAAUGACUUUUCAGAGAGCAACCAAGCUCUUAGCCACAGACCCUGUGUGGUGGAUCACACCAGGGGACGUGGUUCCUGGUAGACAGGGACUUCCUGUGAGUCCAGGCAGGAGUGUCCCACCCCAGGGGCUGUGCACAGUGUCCAGCAGGUCCCAGGGAUCCAUGGAGGUGCCAGGGUGGACAUGUCUCCUUCUACCCGCUCCCUGCAGCUGUAGGGACACCAGUGCCACGCAGGGACUUGGGACCAACCUCCCUCAAGUCAGGCAGGGGGCCCAGGGACCCUCCCCAAAACACACCAUGUGUCCUCACUUCAAGUCUUUAUUUCCACAACUCCAUCAGGAUAUAAAAACCAGCUUUUUCCUCCCGAAAUAUGGAAAAAAAAUCCCCCUGGCAGGAUCAAAAAUAAAUAGAUUUACAAACCAUUUGCGACAAUA